CUCCCAAACCGCCCUCCCUCCGUCCGUCCCUCGCGAGCAGGAAGAGCUCGAGCCCCGGGAACUAACGCGGGACGAUGGGCCCAGGGUCGAUGGGCCGCGGCCGACACCUGCCGUUCGUCGCUGUGUUGGGCCUCACGCUGUGCGCGCUGCUCGGGGCAGUUGAUGCUGAGGAAUUUACCGUCACAAUUACUCCUGGAGAAACAUUGCCAAAUGGGACAAUCUACGUAUUCAAACACUCAAAGGUUUCAUUUAACUGCUCAAGCAGGUCACAGCAAAAGUCAAAUAUAUCUUGGAACUACAUUGGUCCAGAUUCGAAGCAGGAAACAUUUGUCAAUGUUGAGGGAACCUAUUCAGAAUUUACACUUUCCAACGUGGACAGUGAUAACCAGGGGAACUAUACAUGCUCAACAAAUGAGAGUGUCACCAAGGAGGUUCUUGUCUACCAUCCACCAGAAGGACCUCCCUUGUGCCAUGCAGAAUCUUCUGAUAAUUACGUGAAUCUGUUUUGUUCUUGGACCAAUGGAUAUCCACAUCCAAUAUUUGUUUGGUCAAAUGCGACUGGGAAUUUUGGAUCUGGUGAUCAAACCCAUGGGCAGCCAGGAUUAAAUGACACCAUGGUCCUCCGAGUUAAAGGGUCAGAAACAUACGAUGGUCAAAUAUUUAAAUGUGUGGGUUCACAUGUUGCAUAUGAACAAAGGAUGGAACCAUCGUGCUCAUUGUUAUUGAAGGCUCCGCUUCCUGAGACACAACCUCUUGUAACCGGGUUUGAGGGAAAGAAUAUCACGUUGACCUGUCGUGCUAAGGAAGGAAAUCCUCCUCCCAAAUUAACCUGGAUACGAAACAACAAGACUGAAAUUUUCACCAACAAAAAAUAUAUAGUCUUACAGGAGGGUAUUACCUCAGUCUUAACAAUACAGAGGACCUUUAAAGCACAAGAUGAAGGGAGUUAUAUCUGCAAAUGUGAGAAUCCUCUGGGGAUUAAAGAAAUGGAAAUAUGGGUGUCAUUUAACAAUAAAAACAUUUCUGGAUUGGUUGGAGUAAUUGCUGUCCUUGCACUUCUAUGCAUUGCAGCAAUUUUGGGAAUUUUCCUCUAUAGGCACAGGAACCUGUUUGUCACCAGAAGACGUUUUUGGCAAUCGGGUUCAAAUGUUUUUACACUGGUGGAUUCGGAGGAAGAGGAAGAAUUUGCGGAUGAGGGUUCAUCAGGAAUAACCUCGGUUGUUAAUCAUCAAUCUGCUGAGUCAAUGAAUGGCCACGCUUUUGUUGAAGAUAACCCACCAAAAAUCUAUAACGACAGGCUUCCAAGUGAAAAAAGAAAUGAAACUGAUGCUUAAAGGACCGGUGGAAACCUGAUUGCUUUUGUGCAAUAUUUUCUACCCAAAUCUGUUGUGAAGACUGCUGUUGGGGAGUUCCAGUCAGCUCUUGUUGAGCCAAUGUACCGUUUGGGAAUGAUUAUACUAAUUUUAUUAUUAAGUAGUCGUUUUCUAGAUACACUGAAACAAAUGGCAAGAAAACAUUAAGAACUGUUUUUAAAAAACACAAUGUAGACUGGCAGAAAGAUUAUUGCAGUGUGCUCAGAAUUUAAGUAUGAAAGGUAGGUUUAGUGUGUUUGUUGUAUCUGUGUCAUAUCUAACCUGUUGGCUUGCAACUAAUUUAGUUUAAAGUGCUCCGUCUGUUGCUUUUUAUAAUAUAACGCCUUGCAUUCCCUCUGAAUGAUAUUUUUGAACAUUUUUGUAAGCAGAAUUUUUUGUAAAAUUAUUCAAUGUAAGUAUGUUAAAUUGAUAAUGUACAUCUUGGUUUGGUUCAGUAAUUGACUUAUUUAUGCAAAUAGGAAUCCAUUUUAUAUUAAUACACAAGGACAACUAUCACAUGUACAUUUUAAAUGGUUUUUCUGAUUGUCUAGCUUAACCAAUGUCUUUUUUUACUAAACGAAACCUGUAAUGUGCUUUACUUUUCUGCAAAAUAAAGAUUUCUUUUGGAUCAAAUGGAUCCAUACAACA